AUGCGACAAUCUCCUCCCAUCACCGCUCAGAGGCCGGAGCAUCAUCAUCGUCCCGCCUACAUUCCUACGCCAAAAUCUUCCACGGAAUGGGCGAGAAUGAGCCUCCCACCAGAUCACGGAGCCCACGGCGAGCCACAAGACAAGCGCAUCGAAAGGGACAUCUUGCGCAAGUUGGACCUGACGCUCAUACCGAUGCUCUGGUCCCUCUUCGUGGUUUCCUUCGCGGACAGGAGUAACAUCGGUGAGUGCGUGCGUGCGGGCGCUUUUCUCAUCCACAUUCUCAGGCGGUCAGCCCCCCCCUCCCACAAAUAUAAAUCAUCAACAACAACAACAAAAACUGCUGGAAAUAAAACUUUUUCGCUGACUUUCUGAUUCCACCAGGCAAUGCCAAGAUCCAAGGCAUGCAGACGGACCUCCACCUCACGGGGAACAAGUACAACAUCGCCGUGCUGGUCUUCACCGUCGCGUACGUCGCCUUUGGCGUCCCGGCCAAUGUCGCUUUCCGCGUGCUCGGACCGAGGAGUCUGGCGGCUAUGAUGCUGCUCUGGGGGAUCUGCGCGCUCUGCCAGGGCCUGGUGCAGACUUGGGGCGGGUUGGUGGCGUGUCGCUUCUUGAUGGGAGGUUUUGAGGUGAGUCUCCUCCAAAAAGCAUGGCUCGUUUGUUUAAGCCAUUGACGGGCUUCCAAUUUCACAGUCACUUGAGAUGUUUGAUUCUCUUGCGGGAUACCCGCUGACUUUCAUGUCCCAUGUGCACGCACCAGGCUGGCUUUGUCCCGGGAUGCGCAUACCUCAUCGGCAGCUACUACACGCGGAACGAAUUCCUGAAGAGAUAUUCCCUGUUCCUCAGCGGGAGUAUCAUCGCCGGGGCCUUCAAUGGGCUGUUCUCGGGCCUGUUGGCGAGGGCGGAUGGGAAAGGCGGGCUCAGGGGUUGGAGAUGGAUCUUUGUGGUGAGCAGCGGGAGGUCUCCCUCCAUAUGGGCCAAAUCGUCUUCGGCGGGAUACUGACCUACUGAUCUGAUAAUCUGAUAGGUUGAAGGACUCAUCACGUGCGUAGCAGCCAUAGUCUCUGCCUUCAUCAUCCCCCAAUUCCCAGAAGACACAAGACUCUUCCGAGGCGAAGAGAAGGCGGUCCUCCUGGAGCGUCUCCGCCAGGAUGGAGCGGAAGAAGAGCAUGCAGAUCUUUGGCAUGAGGUCAAAGAAGCCUUGAUCGAUCCGAAAAUUUGGCUUGCGUGAGUUCGGACUCCCCCUCGAUGUUUCGAUCCAAAGGUUUUGCUAACGGGAGUCUUGGAAAGUACCAUAGCCUACGUCGGCAUCGAGGAGAAUUCCGCCUCGAUCGUGGCAUUCCUUCCGUCCAUUCUCCAGGGCUUCGGCUAUACCGCGACUUCAGCCCAGUGGCAUUCCAUUCCGGUCUACGCCGUUGCCUUCAUCCUCUCUCUUCUCUGCGCAUAUGUCAGUGAGCGAUUGCAACAGCGAUACCUCUUCGCCAUGCUCGGGGCGCUGUUGAAUUUGGUGGGACUUGCCAUCUUGCUUGCGCGACCCGAUUCGGCUGCCGUCCGCUAUGCGGGGGCGUUCUUCAUGACGGCGGGCGUCUACAUUGCUAUGCCGAUCGUAGUGGUGUGGAACGCCAUCAACGUCAGGAAAGGUGAGUGGAAUCAGCAUCAUGAUGUGAGAAGAUUGGGUUGGGACUUACAGGGCACAGGAUACAAGCGAGUCGUCUCUUUCGCCAUGUCCACCGCCGUCGGCAACUGUGGCGCUCUGGUGGCUUCGAACGUCUUCAUCGCCAGAGAAGAGCCGGCGUAUCCUACAGGUUGGUCUCCCGACUGUGCGGCGUGCAAAGUCGUUUCUGAUAAUGUUUUCAGGCUUCACGACGGGAAUGUGCAUGAAUUGCAUGUCUAUUCUUGCGCUGACCGCGCUCUACAUCGGUCUUCGAAUCGGCAACGAUCGUAAGGCUAGAAGCGACGUCAGCGGAGAAGACAGUCAAGGCGAAAGGCAUAAGCCUUCUGCGUACCAACUCUGA